UCGAGUCCCUGCACUAUGUUCGAUACUCGACGUCGAGAGUGCUCGGGUGUAUCGAUAGUAUCGAUACCCGAUCCGCGGCUCCGGGCCAUGUUCUCGCGCGUCGUCGCACGUGCAAGUGUGCGCUGUCGCCUUGUGAGUCAGCAAAACGGGAAGGGAGUUGGCGAUAAUCUGUUGUCGCGGCUGUUACGUGGAGCGAGCACCGUCGGGAACGGCGGCGAGACAUCCUACGGUGCGGUUUACUGCGGUGUGAGCGCGAGCGUAGCUGCCAGCGUGCCGAGCGUAGCGACCAUGUCGUGCGACGAGAAGCCGUUUCGCCGUCUGCCGUUGUGCGCGCGUCCCUACCACUACGAUAUCUCGUUGACGCCGAAUUUCACCGCCUUCACCUUCGACGGCACGGAGAACGUGCACCUCAACGUGGAAACCCCGACGGACACCAUUGUGCUGAAUUCCUUGGAAAUUAAAAUAAAAAGCGCGACUUUCAACGCGAACGAUGGCAAGACUAUCGUCGCCAAGAAAAUUGAGCUGUCGACGUCCGAAGAAACGGCCAUGCUGGUGUUUCCUGAGGCUCUGCCGUCCGGCAAGAGCGGAUACCUGAAUAUAGAAUUCGUGGGCGAGAUCAACGACAAGAUGAAGGGCUUUUACAGGAGCAAGUACACCGGAGAGAACGGUAGCGUUGAACACGCGGCGGUUACCCAGUUUGAGCCGACAGAUGCUAGACGUUGCUUCCCAUGCUGGGACGAACCGGCGCUCAAAGCCACAUUUGACAUUACGCUAAAAGUACCGAUCGGUCUUACAGCACUUUCCAACAUGCCUGUGAAAAGCAAAGUUACAAAUGGCAAAUACGAGACAUUGACUUUUGAAAGAACGCCUAUCAUGUCGACGUACUUAGUGGCCGUAGUAGUAGGCGAUUUCGAUUACAUAGAGGACACGUCUAGUGACGGUGUAUUAGUUCGAGUUUAUGUGCCCAAGUCCAAGAAGGAGCAGGGCCAGUUCGCCCUGGAAGUAGCCACGAAGGUGCUACCUUAUUACAAGACUUACUUUGGCAUCGCGUAUCCCCUGCCGAAAAUCGACCUCAUAGCGAUCGCCGACUUCUCGUCCGGCGCUAUGGAGAACUGGGGACUCGUCACGUACCGCGAGACCUGCUUGCUCGUGGACCCGCAGAACACGUCGGCGGUGCGCAAACAGUGGAUCGCGUUGAUAGUGGCGCACGAGCUGGCCCACCAAUGGUUCGGCAAUCUCGUCACGAUGGAAUGGUGGACGCAUCUGUGGCUGAACGAAGGCUACGCGUCGUUCGUCGAGUUCCUCUGCGUCGCGCAUUUGUUCCCGGAGUACGAUAUCUGGACGCAGUUCGUGACCGACACGUACAUCCGAGCGUUGGAGCUGGACGCUCUCAAGAACAGUCAUCCGAUCGAGGUGCCGGUCGGCCAUCCAUCGGAGAUCGACGAGAUCUUCGACGACAUAUCGUAUCACAAGGGCGCCUCCGUGAUCCGCAUGUUGCACGCGUACAUAGGCGACGACGAUUUCAGGAAGGGUAUGAAUCUGUAUUUGAAGAGGCACAGCUACGCCAACGCGGAGACCGAGGACCUCUGGGCCGCGUUGGAGGAGACCAGUAACAAGGCCGUGCGCAGGGUGAUGUCGUCGUGGACCAAGAGGCAGGGUUUCCCCGUUGUCAAGGUCGACUAUCAUCAGAAGGGCGACGAUAGGGUCUUGUCGUUGUCUCAAGAGAGAUUCCUGGCCGACGGCUCGGUGGACAGCAGCGCGGAUAACGCGUGGCUCAUACCGAUAAGCGUGAGCUCCUCGCAGGACCCGAGCAAGACGAUAUUCGACGGCAUAUUGGACGCGAAGAGCAAGGAGUUUGUAAUCAAAAACGUUCCCGAGGGCACGUGGCUCAAGAUCAAUCCCGGCACAAUCGGCUUCUACCGUACUCGUUACAGUCAGCCCGCUCUGUCGCUUUUGUUGCCCGCGAUCAAGGAUCACACGUUACCCCCACUCGACAGACUAGGUUUACUGGACGACCUCUUCGCGAUGGUACAGGCAGGUUACGCAUCCACGGUGGAGGUGCUCGAGUUGAUGCAGGCGUUCCUGCACGAGGACAACUACACCGUGUGGUCUACUAUAGUGAAUAUCCUAAGUAAAAUCGGCAUUCUCAUCUCGCACUUGGACUUCGAGGAUUCUCUCAAAACGUUCGGGCGUAAUCUGUUCCGCGACGUUAACGCCAGAUUAGGCUGGGAUCCUAAGCCGAACGAGAGUCAUUUAAAUACCUUACUCCGAGCUCUCGUGUUGGGCCGUAUGGCGGCUUUAAACGACCAGGACACCAUCGAGGAGGCCAAGAGAAGAUUCGAGCUGCACGUAAACUGCACGACGACGCUCGCCGCCGACUUGCGCAGUCCGGUUUACCGAGCCGUGCUCUCCGUGGGCGACGCCAGUACCUACGAGACUAUGAUAAAGUUGUACAAGGAGGCCGAUCUUCAGGAGGAGAAGGAGCGGAUUCUGCGAGCGCUCGGCGCGAUCAAAGACGAGGCACUGCUGAGAAAGGUCCUGGACUUCGCCAUGAGCGAGGAGGUCCGUGCUCAAGACACUGUAUUCGCCAUCAUGUCCGUCGGGCUGUCGUACAAAGGCCGUCUCAUGGCGUGGAACUUCUUCAAGGAGAAGUGGAAGACCCUGCUGGACCGUUACGAGGGCGGCUUUUUACUGGCGCGGCUGGUCAAGUUCACCACGGAGAACUUCGUCACCGAGGAGCAAGCCAAAGAUGUAGAGACCUUCUUCGAGGGUCACCCGACCCCGGGCACCGAAAGAACGGUGCAGCAGUGCGUGGAGUCCAUUAGAUUGAACGCCGCAUGGCUCGCCCGAGAAAAAGACUCCAUCAGAAAAUACCUGACCACUCGAGUCUAGUAAAGACAGUUCUGGUUUUUUUCCCUCUCCGUUACCUUAACAGGACAUUUGGCACAAUUCGAAACCGCGUACAAACCGACGGUUUUAUUACACGAACAUCUUAUGGUACUGCUCGACAUUGUGAAGGGACGUUAAUUAGGUACGGACUUGUCUCUCGUGUAUGAGAUAAUACAUAAAUAAUCUGAUAAACCACGUGUAAGCUUGACGGAAAACGCUAAUUGUUUAAUGUUGGCUAGAAAUUUCACCGAGUUAAACAGAAAGAAAUGAAAGGAGAAAUACAGUUUUGUAUACACCUAUUAUAUCCUAUUGGAUUAGUCAUCUUGGUAAUCCGAAACACUUUACAGCGUUCUCGCUUAACUCUUCCCGAUGCUAUCAUUAGAUUCCAUCAUUUCGUGUCCCGUCAUUCAUGGGAAAAGAUUAUAAUAUUUAAUAUAACUACUAAUAUUUCUCAAGUAUCUCUCAUUUAUUGUAUGCGGAAAGUUAAAAACUGGAAAUAUAUUAAUAUUUUUAAUUUU